UACCCCAAUUUCUUAGGAUUUCGCUGUGGUUAAGACAUACCAGAUAAGCGACCGAGGGCGAGGGACACAGACGAGCGAAUUGUAUAUCGGCAUAUAAAAUAGCUGCAUCACCUCUGUUAUCAGCAGAACGCUCCGACGUCUUUUGAAAGAGAUAUCGCGUCCAGAGGGGACGGUUUUAAAUCAGCUUUGAUAACACCUGCCGACAACGAAUAUGAAUUAUAUCAUAUUAGCUUGGCUUUUCUCACUUGUCUAUGCAGAGACGUCACCAAGGCUAAAAUUCACUGUCGAAGAGCCGACUAGGUUUCACUUUGUAAAACCAGAACACUACAUGACCCUGUACCUCCAGGAGGGAGGAGAUGUGCUCUAUGUGGGGGCUCAGUCAAUGAUUUACAUGCUGACAUUCACUGGCAAAGGGGUCAAAGAGACUCAGAUUCCAGUCCCAGCAGAUGAAAAUGCAAAGGAGGCCUGCCUCUCCAAAUCGCAGUCACAGAUAGAGUGUGACAAUUUUAUAACUGUCAUGCAGAAAGUCAGUGAUGCCUUUGUGGUCUGUGGUACAAAUGCAGGCACCCCUAAAUGCUGGCAGUUGGUGAAUGACACAGUGCUGACUGAUGUAGCCAGCGAGCAGAUGACACCAUCUGAUAUCUCUUCACCCUUUCCUUCCCAGAGGUCUGUCAGUCUGUCAACAGAUGGGAGCCUCUAUUCUGCCCUGUCAGCCGCAGGGUCGCAGCCCGGCUCAAUCCGCAGGACCUUCGGCUCCCGCAAGCUGCUGAAGACUGAGAACAAGUGGUUGCAUAAUCCUCAGUUUGUUGGUGCAGCAAUGAUCCCGGGGUCCCGUAAGCACAAGGAAGAGAUUUACUUCUUCUUCAGUGAGUUUAAUAAGACGGCGGUUGUUGAUGAGGAACCUUACAGGGCCCGAAUUGGACGCGUCUGCAUGGUGGAUGAGGGGGGAGUUAAGAACAUGCUAGCUGACUCCUGGACCACUUUCCUAAAGGCCCGGGUGAUGUGCGGAGUAGGCAGUACUCCUAGGCAGUACAACAACCUGCGACAGGCAUUUGCGCUGACUGCACAAGAGAGGAGAAUGGGCAUAAUUUAUGGGCUGUUCUCCAAUGCCUGGGACACCACUGUGGUGUGUGCUUACUCCAUUGAAGACAUUGACAAGGCUUUCUCCACCUCUAAACUAAAGGGCUACAGCAAUUCCCUGACAGGACACCGCCCUGGAACGUGUGUCCUUAAGAAUGUGACAUCAUCACUAAAUACCAAGACCCUGGCAGUGAUAAAGGACCACCCAGAGAUUGAGGAUGUACUCAGGCCAGUUGGGGAAGCACCUUUGAACUUGCCCACCGAUGACCACUUCACCCAGACAGCUGCUGACACAGUGCUGGCAGUCAAUGAUGAGCACUACAGUGUGCUAUACCUGGGAACAGAAAAGGGCAAAGUCCUCAAGAUCCUUCAUACCAUUGAGGAGGCCUUCAUCAUCUCUCAAUAUACCCUGUUCCACAGUGAGGGUCCUAUCACCGCAAUGGCCAUUGACUCUCAAGGGGGCCAUCUCUAUGUGAGCCAAGCCACAGAGAUCCAACGCCUGCCACUGGCUGACUGCAGCCGCUAUGGAGACACCUGCCGGGAGUGCGUCCUCUCACGUGAUCCCUACUGCGGCUGGGACCCAGCAAAGAAGAAGUGCACCCCCAUCCCUGCUGGUUACAACAUCAGCACUGGUGCAAUUGUCCAGAGCCUUGACCAGUCCAACACUUCUGUCUGUGGAGAAGCUACAGCCCUGAAGGUCCACAGCACAUCUCCCAAGGAGGUGGUGGUGGACUCAGACGGGCCAGUCCUGCUGCCCUGCCCUGUGCGUUCCUACCACGCCACCUACGGCUGGGAGAAGGACAACUGCAUCAAACGUUACCCCUGCUCCAUCACUGGGGGCUCCUGUGUGCUAGCUCCUACCCCGGAUCUGCCCCUCAAGGAAGGCGUAUUCCGCUGCAUGGCCCUGGAGAAUGGCUACAAGGAAGAGGUGGUCUCCUAUAGGCUGGUCUUCAAUGGUGGGCCCCUUCCCGCCUCCUUUGCUUCUACCCUGGCGCCCUCCCUCCUUCUGGCUGCAGCCACACUGUGGCUGAUGUAGGCCUUCAGAACCUCCCAACCCCCCUCCCCUACUUACGAAAUGUGCCAUCAAAAGAGUCGUGAUGCCUAGGUCAGGUUCGCAGAGCACUUAAACUGCAGCUUUGGUAAACAUGACAAGGGAAGGUGACCGGUUUUGGGGUUUGUUUUGAUGUUUAGAUAAUACUAAUAAGAAAAAAAAAGUCCUUUUGCAGUGCAGAAAGUUGCCUUAAUAGUGAUCUACCCUUAAAAUGGUGUCACUAGAAAAGCAAUGGGAUUACUUGAAGCAGUGUCUGUUUGUCUGUUGUUGAAUAAAAAAAAAACAGACAUCACCUAGUUACUAUGAUAACUCAUAAAAGAAGAGAAGUGGGAUCAGAUUCCAAGUACUGUAGCGAGUGCUUUGCGAACCAAGGCUUUCAGACUCAAAAGAGCCAAUUUUUGAAGAGUUUGGUGAACCACAUUGCCAGGCUAAAUUUUUUUGAUUGUUUGAUUUAUUUUGUUGUGUUUUUGUACAGAUUUAAAGUUAAAGUUGACUGUGCCACUUUGUGGAAUAUUAACUGCUAGUAUGCUGCUCCAAGGGAAAAAAAAAUCCUGUUGAAAUACAUAGAGCCUCAAUCAUUUUGAAAAAAAAAAAGAAGCCUUAAUAUGUACGUUAAAUACCUACCAAGCACAAAAUAUAGUAGAUGCAGGCUCAGUAAGCUGGUGAAGCUGGCAUUGCGCACUGCAUGAGGCCUGAGUCAGAUCCUGGGCAAGAGUCCCAUCUUCGUGAUGCGGGGGAUGAACUCUGAUGGAAGAACCAGAGAGGCUCGAUCAGGCCUAGCAAUGUGGCUGCGCAAGGCCUGAUCCAACAGUGCAGCCCCCUCGUAUUUUGAUGAAAAUGUAAUAAAACUCAUACACUGCAGCAUUUACAAUAACACAUGAAAUCACUGAUAAAUGGCAGCUGAAGCCAAAUAAACAACAUGUGUAGAUAACAUAUAGAUGUGCGUUUUGUCGUCACUGUAAAAAGUGACUUGCAGUUAUAUGCUGUAGAAAUAACUGAUUAUCAUGCAAGUGCUGAUACCAUCAUUGCUACCUACUUAUGUGAUGCUUACACUUAUAUAUUUCAAGUGUCAUACAGUGCUAAUGCUGUUAAGAUGACAGCAGGGCUUGAAAACAGUCACUGACUUACAUAGUGAUAUUCAGAGGGGAAAACAUUACAUAGUGGAAUUCUACUGAAAUAGAUAUUAUACUCAUGCCUAUUAAUAUGCUGAAAGAAAGGCUCUGUAAGUUUCAACAAGAUCAUUUUUUAAUUGGAGCACAGGAAAUAGCAGCCAUACUCUGGGGAGAAAGACUACAGCCAGACAAAUUAAAAAGUAGCUGGUAAAAAUGUUACUAUAUUUCGGGUGACUGGUUAUCCUCUUUUAUAAAGCAUUUUGGCCUGUUGGUCUUAUUGAAUGUAUAAUUUUUUGGUCAAUCUUUUCAUAGUGAGGGCAACAUUUGUGUAUCUUAUUUUGUGGAAUGUAAGGUAGGGUUUAAAAGAGGAAAUUAGAAGAUACUCAGUGAUCAGAAUCAGCAGCUGCUAUCUCCUAUCCAUAAACGAAUUUUCUGACCCCUGGGCAUGAGGUAGCAAUUGGUGUGACCCAACUAUGUGCCAAAGGUAUUCUUAACUAAACUUUCAAAACUGCAGUGUUUGCUCAACUGGUAUCAUACUCUCAAUUUAUAUGUUUAUACUUAAAGGAGAUAGCGCAACCCACCCUAUGCCAAAAGAUACGAACAUUCUUGGAGUGGGUCCAGGUUGGAAGGAAAACACUAGGCAGUCUGACUCUGUCUUUCUCUCUGAAGGCCUUGUGUUGCUGUUUCCCCUGUCUGGGUAUCACAUUAAGUGCACUCCAUGGCAGGCAGUUCAAUGUUCCAAAUCCAAACUAUGUCAAAUCACCUCAUCUUCCUGCUGCUUCAGUUCACUUUGCUCUGUGUGCCUGUUUGCCAAUUUGCUGUCAUGCUAUCCACACAUGCACACAUACACACACACAAACCCAAGCAAGCACAUAGUCUCAUAAACAUACAUGUACACAUGCAUUCACGCAGGCCAGUCAAAUGUUUUUAUCCAGGCCAGCUGGAUAAAACUGUGGAAACACACACACACACACACACAUACAAACAUGCGCGCACACAAACAUAAAUACUUGCAGAGC